CCCCCGCCUCGGCUGCGGGCCCAGUGCAGGCCGUGGGCCUGGCCUUUCCCGACGCGGGGGAGGCAGCGGCCGCGGAGGCUCCUCCUAUUGCAAAACCCUGCGGCGGCGAUCCCCUCUUCCCCCAGGACGGGACUGCACCCGGGGCACCGCUGGGCCGGCCGGGGAGCGGCCAGCGCGGGACUCGGUCUGGGCUCCCCCCGCCCCGGGCUGAUCUUUCUUUCCCCUUCCCUUCUCUUUCCAAGUCAGUCGGAUGAACGGUCUCUGCAGGCCCGCUCAGCCGGCCCAGAUUUUUCCCGCGGGGGGCGAGGGGAUCCUUAUGCACAACCCCAUGAAAUGAACAAAGCUCCACAGCCCACAGGAGGAGCCCCAACAGCCCCACACCCUGCCCCUUCUCCCGGACUGCCGCAGCCGACGUUCCCACCCGGUCAGACGGCACCUGUGGUUUUUAACCCGGCACCGACCUCACAAAUGAAUACGCCUUCUCAGCCACGCCAGUUUCCAGCAGGGCCUCGGGCUAUUCACCAGCAGGGAGGAUUCAGGUCUCUUCAGCAUUUCUACCAGAACAGGGCGCAGCCUCCCGCCAGCGCGUCCCGUGUGCCGAGUACCACAACGGCCCGCCCCGGCCCCCCUGCCCAUGUGUAUCCGGCUGCUUCCCAGGUGAUGAUGAUACCCUCCCAGAUAUCCUACACACCUUCUCAAGGAGCCUAUUACAUUCCUGGACAGGGUCGCUCCACAUACGUCGUCCCAACCCAGCAGUACCCGGUCCAGCCUGGUGCCCCUAGUUUUUACCCUGGAGCCAGCCCCACAGAAUUUGGGACUUACGCGGGUGCUUAUUACCCAGCACAGGGGGUGCAGCAGUUUCCAGCGGGGGUCCCCACUGCUCAGGUCAUUGUGAGCCAGCAGCCGCCGAUACCCCCCAAACGAGAACGCAAGACGAUCCGGAUACGAGACCCCAACCAAGGAGGCAAAGACAUCACUGAAGAAAUCAUGUCCGGAGCAAGGACCUCAUCUACCCCCACCCCUCCACAGGCUGGAAGCGGUUUAGAGCCCCAGGCCAAUGGAGAGACCCCCCAUGUAGCUGUUAUUGUCCGACCCGAUGACCGCCCGAAACCCGCGCUGGUGGUGAGCAAGCCUGUCUCCCUGGAGCCCAGCAAGUCGGCAUCCCCGUCACCUCCCCCUCCCCUCAUCCCCGAGGUGGAGCCUGUGGUGCUUUCAGAAGUGACAGUGAUGGCAGUGGAGCCCCCCGUGGAUGUGGACACUAAAGUGGAGCUGGGCGAGGCGCCGCCCGACCCGCACAAGACGUUUAGCGCCAUCACUACAGUGCCAGGGCCUGUGGAGUUGCCCCUUGUACCCACGCCUGUCAUGGACACGGUGGCUGUGGAGGAGGAGGAAGUUGCCAUUUCCAUUCCAGAGCCUGCCCCACAGGCACCAGUGCUCCCUGAGGUGCCUCUGGUGCCCAUUGUCCCCUCCAUGCCAGCCGUGUCCCCGGUGCCGGCCGUGCCGUCGCCCCCACCUGUUGUACCACAGGCCCCCGAAGCGCCCGCCAAACCCUCCUCCCCCAGCCCACCGCCACCCCGGGAAGAGCCCUGCCCCGAGCCUCCCGCCGAGCCCGCCACCGAGGCCAACGGGCUUUUAGAAGAGGCACCUGAGCCGGUCCCUGAGGUGCCCGUGUGCCAGCCGGUGUCCACACCGGUGCCUGUGCCCACCCUGGACUCUCCCAUUGCCCAGCCUGAAGAGCUGUCCCUGCCCAAUGGAGUGGAGGGCACCAGGAAAGCAGAGCCGAGUGAGGAGCAGCCUGAGUCGGAUGUCACCCCCAUCUCAGAGCCUGAGGAACCAGCCCAGCCUGGCACCCCUGCCUCCCCACCAGCAGAGGAGGAGGAGGAAGAGGAGGAGAGUGAAGGCCCCUGUGAGGCCCAGGAGCGGAGCUCAAGCCCGACCCCUGCCCCUUCACAGACCUCGGAGGCGACCGCGCAAGUCGCCGUGUCAGUGCCAAAGAAGAAACGAAGGAUGAAGGAGCUGAACAAGAAGGAGGCAGUAGGCGAUUUGCUGGAUGCCUUUAAAGAGUCUCAGAUCAGCGACAGUGCCUCAGAGGUGGAGAACAAGCCCCCAGCAUCCGCCCCUGCCUGUGAAGUGGAGGAUGCAGCCCCUGCCCGUCCGCAGGAGGAGUCAGAGGAGACGUGGGAGGAGAAGGAGGACAAGCUGGCUCCGGAGAAGGGCAAGACUGCUGACCAGAAGUACCGUUACAAGGAAGAACAAUGGAAGCCACUGAACCCUGAGGAGAAGAAACGAUACGAUCGGGAGUUUCUGCUCGGCUUCCAGUUCAUCUUUGCAAGCAUGCAGAAACCUGAGGGGCUGCCCCAGAUCACAGAUGUGGUGUUGGACAAGCCCUGUGUACCUUUGCAGGCCAACAAGACCCCACUGCGGGCGCUAGACCCCAUCCGCCUCAGUGGCAUGAACUGCAGUCCUGACUUCACCCCUUCCUUUGCCAACCUUGGCCGGCCUGUCAUGGGCAACCGGGGCCUGCCUUCAGGGUUGGGUCCCCGCCGCUCCCAGCAGAGCCAGAGGAAGGAACCCCGUAAAAUCAUUGCUGCUGUGUCCCUCAAUGAGGAUGUCAAGCUAAACAAGGCUGAGAAGGCCUGGAAACCCAGCAGCAAGCGUGCCUCCGAGGAGGAGGAUCCUGAGAACAUUAAGACACAGGAACUGCUCCGCCGUGUCCGCAGCAUCCUCAACAAGCUGACACCCCAGAUGUUCCAGCAGUUGAUGAAGCAGGUGAUGGAGUUGUCCAUCGACACGGAGGAGCGGCUCAAGGGUGUCAUCGACCUCGUCUUCGAGAAGGCCAUCUCGGAGCCAAACUUCUCUGUUGCCUAUGCUAACAUGUGCCGUUGCCUUAUGGGGCUCAAAGUGCCCACCACAGACAAGCCCACAGUGACUGUGAACUUCCGCAAACUGCUGCUCAACCGCUGCCAGAAGGAGUUUGAGAAGGACAAGGACGAUGAUGAGAUCUUUGAGAAGCGGCAAAAGGAGAUGGACGAUGCCAGUGCUCCCGAGGAGAAGGCGCGCAUGAAGGAUGAGCUGGAGGAGGCGCGGGACAAGGCCCGCCGGCGAUCCCUGGGCAACAUCAAGUUUAUUGGAGAACUCUUCAAACUGAAGAUGCUGACAGAAGCCAUCAUGCAUGACUGUGUGGUGAAGCUGCUCAAAAACCAUGAUGAGGAGUCUCUUGAGUGCCUUUGCCGCCUGCUUACCACCAUUGGCAAGGACUUGGAUUUUGAGAAGGCCAAGCCUAGAAUGGACCAGUACUUCAAUCAGAUGGAGAAGAUCAUCAAAGAGAAGAAGACAUCAUCCCGAAUCCGUUUCAUGCUGCAGGAUGUGAUUGACCUCAGACGGAAUAGUUGGGUACCACGGCGAGGAGACCAGGGCCCCAAAACCAUUGACCAGAUCCACAAGGAAGCAGAAAUGGAGGAACAUCGGGAACACAUUAAAGUGCAGCAGCUCAUGUCAAAGGACAAGAGGAGAGGACCCCCUGGGCCAUCCUCCAGCAGUGGACGUGGGAGCCUAGUUGCAGAUGAUGGCUGGAACACAGUGCCCAUCAGUAAAGGCAACAGACCCAUUGACACCAGCCGGUUAACAAAGAUCACCAAGCCUGGAUCCAUCGACUCCAACAACCAGCUUUUUGCGCCAGGUGGGCGACUGAGCUGGGGCAAAGGUAGCAGUGGAGGAUCUGGCACGAAGCCUGCAGAUUCAGCAUCUGAUUCAGGGCGACCAGCCACGAGCACCUUGAACCGCUUCUCAGCGCUCCAGCAGUCGACGCCAGCCGAGAGCAUGGAGUCCCGCCGCGUGGUGCAGAGGAGCAGCUCCAGCCGUGACAGAUCAGAGAAGGCUGGGGACAGAGGAGACCGGGAAUCACGUUUAGAGAAGGGCAGUGACCGCUUGGAGCGUCCCGACCGGGGGGAGCGAGCAGACAGGAACAGGUCUGCCCUCACCAAGAGGAGCUUCAGCAGAGAGACAGAGGACAGGAGCCGAGAACGAGAGAAGCAGAGCGGCCCAGAGGCCGUGCGCAAGGCUGCUAGCAUGACAGAGGAACGGGACAGGAGCCGAGAGACUGUUAAGCAAGAGCCAGCACCUCCUGCAGCAUCCUCCAAGCCUGCACUGUCAGAAGAGGAGCUGGAGAAGAAAUCCAAGGCGAUCAUAGAGGAGUACCUGCAUAUCAAUGACAUGAAGGAGGCCCUGCAAUGUGUGCAGGAGCUGGGCAGUCCCUCCUUGCUCUACAUCUUCGUGCAGAAUGGCAUUGAGUCCACGCUGGAGAGGAGCACCAUCUCCCGCGAGCACAUGGGGAUCUUGCUGUGCCAGCUGGUGAAGGCAGGCACGCUAUCCAAGGAGCAGUACUACAAAGGGCUGCGGGAGAUCCUGGAGAUUGCAGAAGACAUGGAAAUUGACAUCCCGCACAUAUGGCUGUACCUGGCUGAGCUCAUCACCCCCAUUCUGCAAGAGGAAGGCAUCCCCAUGGAGGAGCUGUUCAGAGAGAUAACAAAGCCUCUGGUCCCCAUUGGGAAGGCCACCACGCUGCUGGUUGAGGUGCUGGGCUUGUUGUGCAAGACCAUGAGCCAGAAGACUGUAGGAAAGCUGUGGCGGGAUGGGGGUCUGAGCUGGAAGGAAUUCCUGCCCGAAGACCAGGAUGUCAACAAAUUUGUCACAGAACAGAAAUUGGAGUACACAAUGGGGGACAGCUCGGACAUGCCGAGCCGCAAGGAGCUAACCUCAGAGGAGCUGUGCAAACAAAUGGAUAAACUGCUGAAGGAGAACCCAAACAACCAAAGAAUACAUGACUGGAUCGAGGCCAACCUGAGUGAGCAGCAGGUCUCAUCUAACACAUUUAUCAGGGCCCUGAUGACAUCUGUGUGCCAUUCAGCCAUCAUCUUUGAGAACCCCUACCGUGUGGAUGCCACAGUCAUCCGCAACCAGGCCAAGCUGCUGCAGAAGUACCUGAGGGACGAACAGAAGGAGCUCCAAGCGCUCUAUGCCCUGCAGGCAUUGGUAUUGAAGUUGGACCAGCCUCCCAACCUGCUGCGGAUGUUCUUUGAUGCCCUUUAUGAUGAGGACGUCAUCAAGGAAGAGGCUUUCUACAAGUGGGAGUCCAGCAAGGACCCAUCUGAGCAGCAGGGCAAAGGGGUGGCUCUCAAAUCAGUGACAGCUUUUUUCACCUGGCUUCGGGAAGCAGAGGAUGAGUCGGACAACAACUGAGCAGCUGUGAGGAGGAGGAGGAGGAGGAAGUGGGGAGAGUGAGUGGGGCACCCGGGGGAGCGACUCCAUCCUCUCCCACCUCUGGCCCCAUCCCCGGACUUGCUGAUGCCAGGGCCAAGGGACUUCUGUGCCCCCCAAAGGCCUCUCUCUUUGGUUCUCCUCCACUCCCUCUCUUCUCUGUCCCGGUUCUGUUUGAGAGGCCUGUACUAGUUUGUCACGAUGAUAAUAAACGGAUACUGAUGGAGGCGGCUGUUGCCGUCCUCCCCUCCCUCCCAGCGCAGGCACACCAGGUCUUCAGGAGUGGGUCAGAGCACCCCCAGACUCAUGUCAUGGGGAGAGGGGACAGGACGGGGAUAUUAUCUCCCCUCUUUUCCCCCCUCUUCUUCCUCCUCCCCACUUCUUGCUGAAAUAUAGAGAGAUUAUAUAUAUAUAAACUUAUUAAAUUUGGUUUGGGGACAGGAGCCUGAUUUCUUCCUCUCCCCUGUCCCCUCUCUUCCUCCAUCACUGCCUGGACACCCCACCCUCCCCACACCCCUCCCCCACGGUUUUUUAUUUUAAAUAUAAACCUUUUCCCACCCCAGCUCCUGCUCUGACACCUGGGGAGAGGCUGUCAGGGCAAGAGAGGAGGCGGGGG